AUGAAAGAAGACUUGUUUAUUCCAUUACAAGAAAUUGAUGUCUUCUGGAGGACUUUAGAUAUUCCUGACCCUACAGUAGAGGAGGAGGAUGAUGUAACUUGUGAUGCUGAGCUUGAAAGGUUCAAAAAAGGUUUUGCAGAUCAGCCAAAGUCAGGGAAGGUCUCAUUUUUGAGAAAACUUAGGGGGAUUUUUGAACCAUCGACCUAUAUUGUUGGUGAACCUUCUGUUCACAAAAAUAUCCGUGGUCGUCCAAGUUCAAAAUCCAGCAAGGACAAACAAGUGUUGCCUAAUGAAAGUCGUAGACAUAGUUGUUCAUCGUAUAGACCAGCCGUUCAGUCUGAAUUGAACGAGCCACCACGACACAGUGAAUAUGUCUACCGCGAUCUGCCACCCAAGGUUGAUCCACCACAGUGUAGCUCAUAUAUGCCUUUUUCUUUUGAUUUGAAUGAUCUGCCACCUAUGUCCGAGCAGAACUUUGUUUAUCAAGACCCGGCACCAUCAACUCAAUAUGGUUAUGAUCAUUACGAACUGCCACAACAAAACGAAUAUUAUUAUCAGCAGCCAAUAAUGGAGGAACCGACACGGUAUACACAUCCACUGAUUCAUGAAAUUCCAUCUUUCUUUCAACCAUAUGUCAUCGGGAUUGAAGAUGUUGAAGGCGAUGGAAAUUGUGGUUUUCGGUCAGUAGCUGUUGCUAUUGGUCGAGAUCAACAUGAUUGGCCAUCGAUUCGUCAUGAAUUAUUGCAGGAAUUGCAUACCAAUAAAAAACACUAUAAAAUUUUUUUUGGUGAUUAUUAUAAGGUUGUGGAACACUCCUUCAAAUUUCAAGGCAUUGGAUUUGCACCGAUUGAGCAUUGGAUAAAAAUGCCCGAAACUGGUCUCGUGAUCGCGAACAAGUACAACUGCAUUUUUUAUUUUUUAACAGAUGCAGGUAGUUACACAUUCUUUCCGCUUUGGACAAGUCCACAAGCUCCAGAACUAAAUCAAUCCAUAGCAAUUGCAUUUGUUCAUGGAAAUCAUUUUGUGAAAGUGGAUUUGCAAAAUGGACAUCCAAUGCCCAAAGUUUCUCCGUAUAAAAGUGUCUGUAUGAAAGAAUGGAGACAAAUGUAUAAGGAUCGUCUACAAUUGUAA